AUCAAAAUUAUUCUUCGUCGAUCGCAAUCUAUUCUCAUAAACUGUUAUCAACUGGCUGAAAGUUAUUUGAUAAAAAAGAAGUAGAGAAGAAGAGGCUUCAACAAUCUUCGAACCACUUCAAAAUGAACGAAUGAUACCGUUGUUGGCUGCAUUGCAUUCUUCAUUGUCAAAAUUUUGCGAGCGCAUGCGGUUUAACCAUAAAUAUGGCGAGUCGAAGUGGUUAUGAUGAUCGCGACAACAGGGACUAUCAUUCCGGAGGCCGAAGGGGCACACGAAAGCCCUUUCCUACUGAGCCCCCAUACACAGCUUACGUUGGCAACUUGCCUAACGGCUUCAUCCAAGGAGAUGUCCAUAAAAUAUUUCCUGACCUCACCAUAAAAAAUAUAAGAUUAGUAAUGGAUAAAGAGACGGAUAAAUUCAAGGGAUUUUGCUAUGUAGAAUUCGAGACAGUCCAGGAAUUGGAACAAGCGGUCUCUCUGAACGGGGAUAUCGAUGUAGAGGGAAAUUUAAUAAAAAUUGAUGUUGCUGAAGGGAAACGUAAUGAAAGAGGCGGUGGGUUCGAUAGGAGCAGAGGCAGGGGUGGCGGAAGUGGGGGUGGUUUUAGAGGUGGUAGAUCUGGUGGCGAUCACCGCUAUGGCAGCAAUGACGAUUUUGAGAGAGGGAACCGAAGAGGAGGAGGAGGAGGUGGACAUUUUAGUGACCGCGACAGGGGCGGACACCGUGGCAACUAUGGUAAUUUCACCGCUUCCGAAGACAGCAGCGCCCCCAACCGUGAUUGGAAUCAGAGAGGCGGCGGAAUGGGCGGGCCCAACCGUGCUAAUUCUACUUUCAAUAGUGGUGGUAGGCGAGGUAAUCCUAACGAGGACAAUCCAAAUCCCGCCCCAGAUACAUCGGGAAGGCCGAAACUGAAGCUGAAGCCGAGGACUGUUAAUGCUCCAGUAAACGCAAUUGCGGAAACCUCACAAUCCUCCACUAUUUUUGGAGGGGCACGACCUAGGGAGGAGAAACUCGAAAAACAUUAAUUUAAACUUAGAUUUUCUGAUGAAUAUUUACAUUUUUCGAAUGUAAUUUAAAAAUUGGAAUUAAAUGCAAAAAUUUAUACCAUAAAAUAUAAUAUAAUAUAUAUGAAUGUAUGUACAUACAUAUAUAUGCAAGUUUUUUCUAGCUGGAAGUCAUUUGUUUAUAUUUUGUAAUUGACUCUUCAAUUUAAGAUAUUGUUGAUGUUUUUCAUUUUCCGGAGAAGUGUCGUGAGGAUUUUAUAAUUAUAAGAAGCAUUUUUAUCGUUUAGCGAGUUUGUGUCACUUGCUUGUUUUUUUUUCCUUUUUUUUUUAACUUUCCUAUAUCUGUUUUUACAAAACAUACAUUACAUAUUAUUAUCUUGAUACUGUAGCUUUUUUUCGUCAUUCAUAACAGCAAUAAAAAUGCUAUCCUGUAGUUGAAAAGAAAUGUUCUUAUUUGGGUGUUGUAUGUUUUGAAAAGGCAUUCUCUUAACUCUCUCUUUCUCUCAAAGUAAUGAGUUUACGAAAUAUUUAUUGAAUUUCAAUUGAUUGAGCAUUGUAGAAAUGGUACAUUUAAUGUUAAAGUAUUUCUCUUGAAAACUUACCAAAUUUUUACAGUGCUUCUGAGAGGAUUUACACAUAUUGUGUAUGAAAUCUAUAAAUGAAUAUAUUAAUAAAAUAUUAUUCAAA